CACAAUUUCAACUUUCUCCCCUCUCUGCAAACUCCAUCUUAAUUACCUCUUCCAUCACUGCCUAUGGCGGCUUUUGGUGCUGUAACCAUUUUAAUGGACACACUCCAUCUACACUUCCUCCAACCCACACCCCUUUUCCCUCUUCGCAACAAAACAAAGGUCAAAUUACUUUACAAAAAUCUGUCUUCUUUGCGAACCUCUCUUGAACAUGAUUUCAAAGUGGGAGCGUGCGAUGAAGCAGUGAAAGCAUUGGAAGCACAAAUGAGAGAUGUCUCAGUUGAACUAAGGUUCCAAAUAGAACACGAAUUGAGAUUGUUUUACCUGGGGAAAUCCAUGAAGCUUAGACUUCACUCUGCUCAAAAGCUUCUUCCCAUCUUGAGUGGAGCAAUUAAAGGCGGCAUAGAAAGUAUGGAUUUCAAUUCUGUGAUGGAGAUCCUAAGGAAGCACUUCACGCUGCCGGUAUCAGGCAUGCCGCCUCAUAUAUACAAAAGGGUCAAAUCUUUUUGCAGGCAGCAUCAACGCUUUCUCUAUGGAAAACAAUAUGAAGAAAAGAGUGAGGAUGAUGAGCAAGAUAGUGAUGAUGACGAGGAAUGCCGGCUCGUAAUGAGGUACUUCAUAGGGCCCGUAUGGCGCGUGUCGUCUCAAAUAAAGAAAAAGGUGAAAUCUUGUUUCAGACGGGAAAGGAAAAUCGACAGAAGGAGGUAUAUGUUGUUGUACAAAGCAGAAAGUGUAAUCAGACAAGAAGUGAGAGCCUCUUAUCUCAAUAAGUACAUGAAACAACGGAUACAGGCUACACAAAGGAUUCGUCAACUCUUCAUCCAAGGAAUUAGCCUCACAUCUUACAUCAAGAAAGACAUGUUGAAGGUUAAGAAUGCAUACCACCAAUCCAACAACUCACAAAACAACAAUCCUGCUUCUCUUAGAGGGCUGGAACCCGAUAACAUUAUGGUUGUUGAUUCAAAGUCUACAAUCAAAAUGGUGGGCUGCGAUGAUGUCUUCAACACCAUAAAGGACAACCUGUGGCAGCAAUCCUCAAAACUAGAAAUUAUCUCAAUUGUGGGAAUGGGUGGUAUCGGUAAAACCACCUUAGCAAGAAAGAUUUAUGAAGAUGCUUCAAUCAUUUCUUACUUCGAUUGUCAAGCUUGGGUUACUAUCUCACAGGAUUAUAAUCCAACACAAGUGUUCCAAUGCCUGCUUCAUUCUCUUGCCCCUGCAGGGGCCAGUCACAACAAUGGAGCUAGCAACUACGAAUUGGCUCGUGAGCAAGUAUACAAGCUUCUAAUACACCGAAGGUAUUUGAUCGUAGUAGAUGAUAUUUGGAGUACAGAUGUCUGGGAUGAUUUAAAGAGAUGUUUUGAGGAUGACAAUAGUGGAAGUCGAAUAUUGUUGACCACUCGGCAAAAAAAUGUGGCCGAGUAUGCUGAUUCAGGUAAUCAUUUUUGCCAUACCUUACCUUUUUUGGAUUCAAAUGAAAGUUGGGAUCUUUUUCAGAGCAAGGUGUGUAAGAGAUUGUCCCCUGAAUUUGAUAAAAUUGGUAGAGAGAUAGUAGACAAGUGCAAAGGAUUACCUCUUGCAAUUAUUGUGGCUGCUGGACUCCUCUCAAACUCCAACCAAACCUUUAUUCAUGAAUGGGAGCAUAUUGCAAAAUGUGUCCCUGCUUUGAGUUUAGAUCAACAGGGUGAGAACAUCAUUGAUUUGAGUUACACCUUCUUGCCUCAUCACCUUAAACUUUGUUUUUUGUCAUUUGGGUGUUUUCCAGAAGACGAUCAGAUUGUUGAAAGUACAAUCGUUGAUUUUUGGGUUUCAGAGGGAUUUCUAAAGGUUUUGAGGUCUGAGAGCAUGGAAGAUGUGGCAAGGAAAAAUUUACAAGAUCUUGUGGAUAGAAAUCUUGUUCUAAGUUGUGGAGAUGGAGAUAAUAUAGAAUUCUAUCAAAUGCAUGAUGUGUUGCGUGAAUUGGCUUUGAGAGAAGCCCAAAAAGAAAAUCUUUUAUGUUCCAAGAAGGGUUAUGAAAUAAGUUUGAGGUGGAAGAGAAAUGAAUCAAUAAAGUCUUCCCAUAUAUCUCAACCAUGGAGUAUCCAAUCAAGAAUUUGCAGUUACAACAGUGUAACUCCUAACACUUCUUCACUGAUUGAUAAUGGGUACAGUACUUCAAGAUGGGUGGGGGUGCAUGCACAUUUUAAGUUUUUAAGGGUAUUGAAUCUAUCCUUGUGGACACGUGAUAUAAAUGUCCAUAAUAUUUUUCUGGAGAUUGUGGGUCUAGUGCAUCUGAGAUUGUUAAGUAUUCCUUGUUGGUUGAAUAUUCAUUGUCUGUCUUUGUUCAUGUUGCGGAAUCUACAGGACCUAAGAGUUUAUGAGUAUUCAUCAUGUGAACCCCUCGAUAUUUGGGGAUUACCUCAACUGAAGCAUAUCAGUAAUUCCGCCGGUUAUACACUAGUUCCUCCAAGAUCAGUUCAUCAUAAUUUGGAGAGCAUUAGAAGUUUGGAUUAUAGGAGUUGUACAAAGGAAUUGUUCCUGAGGAUCCCAAAUCUAAGGACAUUGCAAGUUACUACUAAUCAUGAAAUUAAAUUCAAAGCUCCCAAUUGGUUUGAAAGUCUUGUCUAUUUAUAUAAAGUGGAAGUACUAGUGGUUAAUGCCGAUCUUGGGGAGUUUAGUACUAUUUAUUCUAUGAGGAUACUAAGCCUAGAGAAUUUUUUGCCAAAUCUUAAGCGGUUAGAUUUGUCUAAUACAAAUUUAAAAUGGGAGGAUAUGGAUGUUGUUGGUAGGUUGUCUAAACUUGAGGACCUCAGAUUGUGGCUAUAUGUUGUUAAGGAUCGAAAAUGGGAACCCAAAGAUGGAGGAUUUGGUCGAUUAAGGUUCUUGGAGAUACAUUCGAGUCCUCUACAAUAUUGGGAAGCCACUAGUAAUCAUUUUCCAAUCCUUGAAAAGCUAGUCCUUGGUGAUAUAAAAUUGAAAGAAAUUCCUAGUGAUUUUGUAGAAAUAACUACUCUCAAAUCAAUCAUGUUAUAUGAGUGUUCAAAAUCACUUAUAUCAUCUGCUAAGCGUAUUCAAAAAGAGCAACAAGAGUAUGGAAACGACACAUUUGUUGUUGAUUUCAGAUGGUAGCAGCUAGGUUGGCCAGAGGUUGGCAAUUAGUGAAGAAAAUGCCAAAAAUUCACAUUAGUUAGCUACUGCAUGCUUUACAUUAUGCUUCCAUUCCAUGAAGUCAAUUCUAAAGGGAUCUACCUCUCAUUACCAAACACAACAGCCUUUGUCAUAAUUGAAUUGAAUUGAAACAACGCUAGCUGAGGUUGUCUGUAUGUUCAUAAGCUCCAUGAAGAUCAGAUCAGAUCAGAUCAAAUAGAUGCAACCAACACACCAUACAUCUACUAUACAGCAGCAUUACUGUAAUCUGAAGCCUUCAACAGAGCAGAAUCCCUCGGUCCCCUGGAGGUUUUGAGCUGAUAAGUUGCGGAAUGGAGUAAAUUGAGAGUAUUUUGUACGUGCAUUGAAGAAUUUGGGUCGACGCUAAUGUUGGCAUGAGGGCAAAUUAAGAUUCAAGCAUCAAUGAUUUCUAGUGAUUUUGCAAAUGUAGUUACUCUUAAAUCAAUCAAGUUUUUGGUAUAUAUAAGAGAGGUAUCUUCACAAAUUGUGCAAUCAAUUUGGAUUGAUUCAGUUAGAUUUUUGUGUUCACCGCAAAUAGCAAAGAACUCAAACUUGCGGUGAAUAUAUAUGUGAUUUCGAUCAUAUAUGAAUCAAUAGGGGCAAAGACCAAAAAAUCUUUCUCAAUGGAAGCAUGUUAAGUGUCCUCAACAAUGGAGGGGUGUUGAGUGUGGAUAGUGUUAUGAAGUAUGUAUAUGCAUGAAUUAUGCACAAAAUAUUCCACAUUCACUUCUUUGGACGAGGUAUUUCAAAACACUAUGACAUAUUUCAUGGGGAUGUUAAGUCUAGAGAAUUUUUUGCCAAAUCUCAAGGAGUUAAAAUUCUCUAAUACAAGUUUAAAAUGGAAGGAUAUGUAUGUUGUUGGAUCACUAAUUAUUUUCCGGAGUAGGGUGGGUAGGCGGGUGGGACUUCUUGGAGUGCAUAUAUGCGUUGAAAGCUAGAGUUUGAGGAGGAUUGGUUGAGGUUGAUUACG